UUUUAUAUUAAUAUCAUAUUUAUAUAAUGAAAUAAUCUUGGGAAACACUUUCUAAAUAUGACAUAAUAUUUUUAAAGUAGAAGACAUAUAGGUUAUUUAACUUCUAUAUUGAUGUAAUAUAAUGUUUUUAACCUAGAAGAUAAUUGCAACUAAAAAUAAAUAACUACGUUUCAUGUAUUCCUAAUUUCAUAGAUUAUCGUGAUAUAUUCUGAUAAUAUUAGUUUUGAAUAAAAAUUUUCGUUUUUGAAGUUUACACAAUUUUGUAAAUAUUUAAUAGAUAUUAAUUUUUAAAAUAAUUAGAAUGUUUCAACAAAUAUUGUUUAAGAAAAUACUUCCUUGUGUUCCAAAAUGUUGCCGGUUAGUUCGGGUCAGUCAAAUUUCAAAUGAUUCCAUGAAAGAUGGAAGUAAUAAUUGUGAAGCAUCGAAUACAGAUCAAUUCCAUGAAGACUCUUCACAAUGUUCGUAUAAGACACGAGAAGUAUUGCAUCUGCUUGAAAAAGCUACAACAUUUGAUGGUGUCAUGGAUAAAAAUUGGAUGACAACCCCAUAUCCUAAAGAUAUUCCGCUCAAUUAUAAAGAAGAAACAAAACCAAGUAUUAAUCCAGAAAAUACUUCUGUUUUGUUAUUUCCUGGCCAAGGUAUUAUUAAAGUUGGGAUGAUUAAAAAGUAUAUGGAUUAUCCUGCUGCUAAGGAACUUUUUGAAAUAACCAAUGAAAUAAUUAAUUACAAUUUACUAAAACUUUGUUUGAAUGGCCCACAAAAGGAAUUAAAUCGAACUGAAUUUAAUCAAGCUGCUACAGUAAUAUCAUCGUUGGUUGCAUUAGAAAAAAUCCGAGCAGAAACUCCUAAAGUAUUUGAAACUUGUGUUGCUACAGCGGGAUAUAGCGUAGGAGAGAUAACUGCUUUAAUUCUUUCUGGCAUUAUAACUUUUGAAGAUGGAAUUCGACUAGCAUGGACUAGAGGAAAAGCUAUGCAAUAUGCGUCAGAUAUGGUGCCUCAAGGAAUGUUAUCUGUAUUUAAUACAUCAAAGGCACAAGUUUCCAAAGCUUGCAUUGAAGCAGAAAAUUGGAUAAGGGAUAUGGGUAUUGAAAAUCCAACAUGCAGAACUGCUAUUUUUCUAUGUACAGAAAGAAAAAUAAUAGCUGGAAAUAUAGAAGCAUUGGAAUAUGUCGAAAAACAUAAAGCACAAUUUGGUUUAACUAACACAUCCAGAUUACCUGUAUCAGGAGCAUUUCACACACCAUUGAUGGAACCUGCUUUAAAGGCAGUCUCUAAAAUAUUAAAUUCGAUAGAAAUAAAUGAACCUAGAUGUACAGUAUAUUCCAAUUAUAAAGCUGUACCAUACACUAAUUUACAAUAUGUAAAAAAAUACAUAUUAAAACAAAUUGUGUCACCAGUUAGAUGGGAACAAUGUUUACAACAUAUAUAUAACAGACCCGACGGAAUACCAUUUCCACAAACAUAUGAUGUAGGAUCAAAUGGAAGAAUGAAAACUAUCUUAAAUUUAGUCAAUUCAAAAGCAAGCAGGUCAUGUAUUGUAAUUUAAAAUACAUAUAAAAUUACUGUAUUAUUAUAUACAAUUUUUCUUAAACUUUUGCUUUACUUUUUCAUUUACCGAUAUGUA